AGCUUCAUUGGUAUUCGAGGUCUUGAACCGGCGGGUUGUUGUGAGGUGGCGCUGGUGUGGCGAGGUGGAGGCAAGGUGAAAGUGGCGAAAAACUACCGUUGUAUUCCACCAGGAUCCUGCAGCUGAGGAGGGUGUAUUGUCUUGCGCUACUCCUGUACUGCAUCUUGGUAGCUGGUAGCGAUGUUGAUUCAGCGAUGUGCGCUUGCGAUGGUGUGUGUGGCGGCGAUCAGCCUGGUGUGUGUCGCGGACCAGGCCCGAGGAAAAGACCGGGUGUCAAGGAACACGACAGAAGGAUCAACAAGGGCACGCAGAUCGUACAGGGACAAUGUGUUUUCCUGGAAUUACGAGAAGGUUGAGGUUGCGGCCAGAGGGUGGAAGGCACAUGACCUUCGGGGAAAGCUUAUGCCGGUACUGCUGAAGAUCGGAGGAACGGUAUAUACUUCAGCAUCUGCUGCUUUGAACGUGAAGUCGUACGUGAAUGCGGCAAGUAAGUUUGCCACGCACACAAUGAACGAAAACAAACACUUCAAGCCUCUUUGUGCCUUUGGGAACCUGACGGGCAUCACGCCAUGCACGGUGGGUCAUGUGGUGCUGAAUGCUUUCACACUCUACACUGGCGUCACGGGAGCCAUCACAGAAGCGUAUGUCAGGACACGCUUGAACUCCUCCAUCGAGACGUUCAGGAUAAUCACUGACGGUGUGUUUAUGUUGAUAACAGAAGCCGUGAGCACUGAACUGGUGAUGCUGGGCCACUUCAUCAAAAUGGCCCAGAAUUUUGGAAGUGCUCUUGCCGCGAGGUAUUUCAGAGGACCUCUCCCUGUGAAAGGCACUGAGAAGGCGUUCGUCAAGGCUUGUGAUAGCCUGUACGCUGCAGGGUCUGACUUUUUCCUGAUGUCGCGAAUGGUCAUCGAGCAUACGCUGAGCAGAGUCAAUAAGGAGAUUAACUCUACCAUAGCAGAUUUAGCGCCACAGUUCCUGAAAUUCUUUAAAAACAUCACUAAGAGAGGGAUAACUGAAGAGUACACCACCUCUCCCUUCCCGCCUCUCAGCUACUUCUGGGACAUGGCUGCACUGGAGUACGCGGUCUCUGUGCUCACAGACAUGAGGGUCAUUGCCAACCAGACGCUAAACGAAGUUGCGGACGAGGGUGGGGAAGACGCCUUUAAGAAAGCUUAUAUAUCCAACGUUGCCUACGCAGCCAGUGCAGGCCUGAAUCGCACCACUGCACACUUGAAGAACGACGAGCUGAAGGCGGCCCUGGUCUCUGCCACAAACGGGCUGCGCAUGGCGGUGUAUACUUACCACGAGGCGGGGAAUGACAUCCCCGGGGAACAGGGCUCAGAGGCACUAAUAGACAACCUGGAGUCUUUCGUGGAGAGCUUGAGGCUAUCGUCUGAGGAAGGUGCUUUGGCUGACUUGGACAAGUUACGGUCGGUGUCAGGUGUGGCGUCAAUGUUUGGAGUCGAAGACACAAUGCAACUCUCCUACCGUGAACUGUUUAGUUUCUUCGUGCCCACAGAUCUGGACCACUUGGUGACAAUGGUGACAGAACUGUCCAAGGCCAUUUCCAAGGGUUAUAACAAACAAUUGGGAUUUCUGGUCUCGGGAGAGCCUCGUAUAGUAAAACGGGAAACGUACAGCAGCGAUUCCUCGUACGAUUACAAACCCGACACAGCACCUGGAGGAGCGUUCGCCUGGGCAAAGCUGAUGUCAAUUCUAGCGCCUUCUGGACCACCAGGCCUGCAGGGAGACAAGUUUAAAGAAGUGAUAAAAAUCAUACUGAAGCACGGAAAUUUACAGUUUCUAUACAAAAUGCAAGAACCUGCCACCUGCGAGACCGAUCCUGAGUGUAGGGAAACUUUCAUUAGAAUAGCCACCGAGAUCGGGAAAGUAGUGGGUAUUGACAUCAGGCCUGGAGUCAUGCCUUUGUCUGUCCACAUUAAAGGUGGAAAGCGUACCUACGGGUAAUUGUUUCCCGAGCAGUGAAAAAUUUAAGAUAUCGCUUCAAUUCGCCGUUUGGAGGAUGGAACUAAUUUGUGGUCCGUGGAAAGACUGAGGUGGUCUGUGUGAAGACUGAAGAUUGUUACCUCGAUUUAUGUACGUUGUUAAUAAAUGGCUAUAGUUUUA